UCCGUUGACGGCCUGUUGUCAACCGUAGCUUCAACCUCUCGCAGCAACGGUCCCUGAACCAGACUAGGCGAACACAAUGGGGCUGUAAUGUCUGCCACUCCUGGGCUCGGAGCAUCUUCUCGUAACCGCCGAGGCUGUAUAUGGAUUUAAUGAUGAUGAAGAAGAAGAAAUUCAAGUUCAGGGUGGAUUUUGAGCUGGAUGAGCUGUCGUCGGUCCCCAUCGUCAACGGUGUCCUCUUCUGUAAAGUCAGGCUGCUGGAUGGCGGAUUCUCAGAGGAGUCUUCAAGGGAGCCGGUGCAGGCCAACUGCGUUCGAUGGAGGAAGCGAUUUUCUUUCCCCUGCAAGAUGAGCGCCAGUGCAGGAACAGGCGUGCUGGACCCCUGCAUAUGUCGUGUGUCUGUGAGAAAGGAGCUGAAGGGAGGAAAGGCGUAUGCAAAGCUCGGUUUUGCAGAUCUGAAUUUAGCAGAGUUCGCCGGCUCAGGAAAUACGACUCGGAGGUGUCUUCUGGAAGGAUAUGAUACCAAAAAUACCCGGCAGGAUAACUCCAUUCUCAAGGUUAUCAUUGGCACACAGCUCAUGUCAGGGGAUCCCUGUUUCAAAACGCCUCCAUCCACAGCCACGGUGAUCGGGAUCCAGAGUGAUGGAGAGAGCCUGCUUGAGGAGAGGAAGGGAGGAGACUCGCAGAAAGGUUUCUCUGGUGAAAGUCGAGAAGGGAAGUGUCCCGCAAUGUCAGACGAUCUGGGGGGCUGUGGCCACUCCCGAACAUCCAGCUACGCCAGUCAGCAGUCCAAACUCUCAGGCUACAGCACAGGCCACUCUCGCUCAUCCAGCAUCUCAGAGUUCAGCCACAGGAGAAAUCACUCUGUGGGCAGUGCCUCGACCGGAAUCGGAAGCAUCCCAGAGCCGAGCGAGGAGCGGGAGCCCAAACCCUGUCCGGGUCUGCCUGAACGCCCGGCUCCUACAGCCACCACGAGCAAUACACAGGGCACACCAGUACGCAGUGCCUCGUCCUGCGAGCGACUGAACAGGCAUCCUAUAAAACAGGACUCGAUGGAGUCUCAGUUAAAGAGAAUGGAUGACACCAGGGUGGAUGCUGAUGAUGUUGUGGAAAAGAUUUUACAAAGUCAAGAUUUCACCCCUAGUUUACUGGACUCCAGCGCUGAAGAGGAAGGUUUACGUCUGUUUGUCGGGCCAGGAGGAAGCACGGCCCUGGGAAGCCAUCAUCUUCCCACCAGGGUUGGUGGUGGUGCCUACGAGCAGGUGGUGAUUAAGCGUUAAAGUUUUGCAGCCUCUCACGGAUGGAAUGAACCUCAUUACACUAUUUAAAAGAAUGGUUUCCAUUUGUAUAUUUUAAUUCCCACAGCACACUGAUUAGUCCCGUGAUCAGCACUGUGUCAAGCCUGAUUUGUGGAUAUAACUAUAGCGCCCCCAUGUGUUAAUUUGUGCCACAUUAUAUACUGUAAUUCAGGAGCAAAAAGUGUUUCUCCUUCAGUUUAAACACAUAAAUUUGCCAAUAAGGGGUUUAAAAUCAUUGCUAACGAAAAUACAAAGGAUUUAAAAAAUAAUUUAUUCUGCUAUUUUACUUCAUGCUCAGUUCUCUGAGCCAAAUAAUUUCACUGUUUGGGUAUAGAUAAGUCCUGUAUGUUUAUGCAUUUCACAUGAAAUCAAGUUUUUUUAACUUUAAAGAAAGGAGCUGGAAAUAUGUGCACCUUCAAAGGGAGGUCAGAUGAAGAGCGUUUUCGAUACAUUCCUUUAAUCUCUAAUUGUUUUGGAUAUCCUUUUAAAUAGGAUGUCCUCCUGAUCAUUUGCCUAUGAGCAGCUUAAAUGCUGCAGUCGGCACUGAUAACUGUUUGUUUUUUAAAUAUUUUACUACAGAAAACAUAUGAUGUAAGCUAUUUUAUGUGUGAAUGCACACUGAGUGGGUGAGUAUGUGUGAGGCCACUUUUAUUGAUAGUAGAUAUUGUUGACGUUGGGUGAAUGAAGGAAUCGUGAUGAAUGUGUCCAGACUGGAAAAGAGAAAACGGGAGAGUAUUGCUCCAUUUGUUUACCAAAAUAUAUAUAUAUA